AUGAAUGAUAUCCAACAAAUGACUCUUUUAAUGCAUCAAAUAACUACUGUUCAAAUAGAUAGAGAAAUCAUGAAAGCAUAUUUACAUUCAGUGAAGGGUACAUUGAGAGAAGCAGAAUGCCAUUUCAUUGAAGUUGGUCGACGUUUUUGGCCCAUGCAAGUUCAAUCAUUGAUGUUAACACAACAUAAAUUAACCAUGAAUGAUACAGAUACUACUAGUAAAACAACAACACCGAUGGAAAUCGAUACAAAAAAUCAACAGAUUAUCUGUGAAAAUCUACUUAAUGAACAUUUACAAAAAAAGAAACGACAAAUUGAAUACUAUGAAAAAGAGCUUGAUGAAAAACAGAGUACUCUUAUCAGAUUUACAUCAACGAUACAAGAAGCAAUCGAAAUUCAUGUUCAAAAAUAUGGAAUAAAGGCACUUGAAAUGAAACGAGAUUUAAAAUUAGCAUUAAUCCACUAUGAUUAUGAUUCAGAAAUGCUGCAACGUGAAUACUUCCAAGAGCAGCCAAAUAAUUAUCAAAUUGAAGUUGCUAAAUGUCUUUCCACUGCGAAAGUUGAAGUAGAAAAAUCAAAACGAACUUUAUUGGAACUGAAGUAUCGAGUCUUUUACAGUAAGCCGUCUGAUUCAUUCGAUUCUUCUGGAACAUUGAUGCCAACAUUAAAUCAUGAUGACCAACGCCUAUUUGAUAAACAUGAAAAAGCGAUUCAAAGAAGGAAAUUAGAUUUAAUGACUGUUAAAAUAGCAGAAGCAGAAACAAAAUUCUAUCAAUGUCUAAAAAGAUUCGAUCAUGAAUUAGCUACUAUGUGGAAUAACCAUCGUGAUCUUGUGAAAAAUCAAGGAAUGACUACAACAUUAACUAACUUGAUCGAAAAUCGUUUAAAAAAUAUUACUGAUCGAUGGAGAGAGAUAUACAAUUAUAGAAUUAACAAUUAUAUUCGAAAUUCCUACGACAAUUUAGAUUCAAUCAAUACAAAUGAAAAUGGUCAAAAAUCGAACAAUAGUGGAUUUUCAUCUUUUCUAAUUAUUGAUGCUAUACAUCAAUUCUCUGAAAAACAACUACAAUUGUUAAAUCGAUGGCCAACUUAUGUUCCACCUUGUCAAACAUCAAUAUUAUCUUCGUGUCAUUCUAUGGAUGACAUUGUUGAAAGAAAAUAUGCACCAUUAAAACAUCAAUUAAAUAGUCUGUUUUCAAAGCAUCAUAUUAAUGUUGCAUUGUCUUUGAAAAUUCAACAGAAGAUCAGUGAUCAAUUUGCAGAUUCUUUUUCAGUACCAAUACCUUCGAAUCUUCAUCAGCGUGCUCUCUAUGAAGAUCGCUUGAUUCUAUCGAUUCGAUAUUAUUUGAAAAAAAAUAAUCUCAUUCUUCGAAGAACUGCUGACAAUAUGAAUACGUUCUAUUUGGGAAAUCGCCAAGAGUUUGAAACAAAAGCGUAUGAUUAUGUAUCAAAAUCAGAUGCUUAUAAGGUGCUAUUGAAGAAAGAUAAAGGCAAUGGUGAUCAAAAAUGGCAAACUGAAUUGAAUCAAAUGGUCGAAUCUAUGAAUUUAUUAUUGGAAUCAUUGAAAAACCAUGAAUUCCUUAAUGUCGAUCUAUAUAAUGGAUUAUUAGAUGAUGCAAGUAAAGUGAAAUUACCAUGUUUGUAUUUCUUACCGGAUGUUUCUAAAGUAACGUAG